AAUUUAAAGAACUUCUUUGAACAAUUAUAUGCACAAUCCAUUUAUAUGGAAGAUAAGAAUUUUUAUUUCAACACUAAACAACCAAUGUUUAUGACUGAAUUUUAUGAAUGGGUACAGGGCAAAAAUGAUGGUCAUUAUAUUAUAUUUGUAUUCAAGUUCACCUACUUAAUCAGUGGUAAUCAGUCACAAUUAUUAAAAGAUUUUUUGCAUUGCCUCAUAAAGCCAAAAUAUUUUUACGACAUUGUCAACCCCCAAACUAAUAAUGAAGAGCCUAAUUUAAGCCCCAAAAAAUUUAAAAUGGGUAUAAUUUUUAUGACUGACUUAUUUAACUUUAAUGUUAAUAAUGACUCCAAUUACCUUAUAUCCUCCCUCUUUCUGGACUUACUAUAUCCCAAUAAUUUUGAUCAAAUAAUUCCGGGGUUCCAUAAUGACAAAGCAGAGAUAUUGGCUCAUUAUAUUCGAUUCAACACUGAAACCUUUUAUUUCCCCAACAAAAAUACCUGCUUUGAUCAUUUUAUUUAUCAUGUUUACAACAUUUCAGAUCAUAAUGAUGGAAAAAAUCACAAAAGUUAUUUAAAUUUAUCAGCAACAUCUAAUUUUCCUCAUAAUCUCUCCAUGAGAGAUUGCAGCAAAGAAAAUUAUGAUCAUCAACAACCCACAAUGAAGCCCGGUCCACAUUUCAUAGAUUCCCUUAAGCAAUAUUAUUUCCAAAAACACACUUCCUCCCUGCAAUGUUUAUGGAAAAUAUACACCUACAUUAUUUCUGUCAAACGUCGUUUUAUAAACCUUGAUGACUCACAACUCGAUUUGUUUGACAGCAUGAAUUACAACUCUGAAAUGGAGUGUUUUGUUCAAGAAAUAUACAGAUAUAUAAGCAGUUCUUCCCAUUCUAAAAAGGAUAUUGUAUGCGAUAAGAUAAACUCCUUUUCACCUGAUAAAGUUCCCAAUACCCCACGGAAAUUAAGGGUUAGGGACGACACCGGCAGAGCUUUUAUCAAUUGUGAUAGCGAAUCGGCGCCAAAGCUUAAAAGUGUACUUUCGACAAAAUAUUUGGGUAAACAUUCUAAGAAAUGGUUGGCCGAGCGGAUUAGACGCGAUUGCCACUCCUUCCGAAGCUACUUAGAAACCAAUUACGAGGCCAAGAAAGACUUAACGAAAGAUCUGCUAAUCUCGGAUGAGAAGCUCCUUCAGUUUCUAAGAAUCAAUGCCCAACUUUGUUUCGAAUACCGUAAUUGUUUAAUACCGGCGCUGACCUUAUUGAAACUUUUUAUGGCGAACAUGAGGCACUAUCUCGAUAAGGCUACCCAAGGAAAAACGGAGGAUACUUUGGUUGAAUCGUAUUUGCGGGCUUUGAAUGGUUCAUUCGAAAGGGACAAAAAUGUGUUGCUUUGUAUUAAAGUUCUGCAACAGGAUAAAGAUUUUAUUUCUAAAUUGCCAAAUAUUUCUACCACCCUUAUUGCGCCAUCGAUUGAAGUAACCCAGAUUUAUCUUGAUAAAUGCGAUGCUUGCUAUAAGCCAUUAUAUCCUGUCAUGGAGAAGUUAAAGGAAAUUAACGAAACAAUCAAUUUAUACAAUUUAAAUCAAAACGAAGAAGCAGAUACUCAUCAGCUCGGCGAUAUAAAAUCCAAACUUGUUAGUUACAUUAAAUACUUGCUGAAAGAAUUUUUGGUGUCGCCGUCGAAAAAAUUCGUUUUCCACGAAUUAUUUUAUUUCGAUUACGAUAAAAAAGACGAAGAUAGAAUAUUGCAAGAAUUCAAUUGCUACCCUUCGUUGGACAUGGCUAAUAGUCUAGACAAAAUAUUUCAAAUCAAGCAGUGUCUCAAAUUGAACUCGGAAAAACAGAACGACAUAAUUAAACCCAAAAUGGAUUCCAUUUUUAAUGCCGAAGACAACGAAAUCAAUGUCGAUGUGUCCGAAUUUGAUACGUUAUACAAAUUGGCCUUCAAAGAUAAUAGUUUUGCUUCCUAUUAUAUUCGAAGAAUCGAAUUAAACAAAUGGUGGGAAGCUUUUCGAUGUUCCUUAAGCCCGAAUUCCACAUUACCCAGUAGCGAUAAAUUUAAAGAUGAUACUGAGAUUUCUUUAGAAAAAGAUCGAUUGGACCUUAUUUUGGGAGAAAAAUUUAAGAGGGCCCUUAUAGACUUAAAACACAUGGGCUUGGCCAAACCUACCGGGUUAAAAGGAGGCCGAAAGAAAAAUAAUUCGUCCGGAACGAAAGGUAACGAUGGGGAAAACGUAGUAUAUUGGGAAGUUAUGCUAAUUAGUGGAUAAUGUAAUCAGAUAAUACCAUUUUUUAAGAAAUAUAUGUAUAUAUUAUGUGAUGUGAUGGUAUUUAUAUUUACAUGAUUAAA